AUGAUCAUUCCUUCACAUCCUAUCACCUCUUCACCAAAAAACAAUCAACAUUUUCAAUUCUUCUUCACUCUCUUCAUUUCCAUCUUUUCAUUAGUGGCAACUUUCUUUCUAUUCGCACAAGGAGUACUAAAAUGGGAAGAAUAUCCUCGGACUCCUGUUCAAUUCCAUCGAAUUGGUGACACGCAUAAAAAAGUGAUCCUUUCAUUUGUGGCGUCUUUUUCUUCUCAACAACCACAACCACAACAACAUGACACGAUUAUUGGAAAUUCCGAACAUGAAAAUGAAUUUUUACAACCUCCUUUACCUUUUAAAUAUUUUUACAAUGAUACCGAAUAUUUUAACAAGUACACGUCAUGGAGACAAAUCGAUGAAAAUUCGAAUCUCUUUCAAAUUAGCUCCAUUUCGAAGAGUACCAUUGGAAAGCCACACUAUGUUUGCUCUAAAAAACAUUUCGAUCCAAAAUUAGUUAAAGUUUUUGGACCAUUUCGAAGUUCGAUGGAACAUGUGUAUUUUUUAAGAAUUGAAAGUUUUGAUCGAUUUGAUUUGGAUUCUCCAUAUUUUCAAUUAUUUCAUGCAAGAAUUGUAGAAAAAGAGAUUUCUGAUGAGAAUCAGGUGAACAUUGCAAAUUCAGGAGAUUUUGACACUUCUUUGGCAGUUUCCUUUACAAGGUUUGUUCCACUUUUGGAGACGAGAGAAUUUAAUGAAAAUUUAAUGCAAUAUGUGCGAGAUCAAGAACUGGAAGAAGAAUCACACUCUCGCUCUCCAUUUUUGCACAAAGAUUUUGAAAGAGUUCACAAUUCCAUCUUUGUGGAUCUCAAAAAAGUAACUUCCAAAAAAAGAAAUAAGAGAGUCUAUAUGGGACAAUUUUUUCUCCCACGUUUGAAAGGAGGAGAAUUUCAGGUGGAUAUUCGAAUGACCCAUCAUUGUUUUUCUCCACGAGACUAUUCAAGUCCAAGUAUGGAUUUUUCUGAAAGUCAUGGAGUUCAAAUUGCAAGAAUUCCAUUUCGAAUUGAAAGAAGAAAUGUUGAAACGACGGCAAAUGACAACAAUUCUCAAAGUAUCACUUCUCAUCAUAAGUAUAUUAUGCAAGAAUAUUUCAAAUUCAAACAAUUUCUUUCACAUGAACUCUUCGGAAAGGAAUCGAUUGCUGAAACGACGACAAACGAUCCUUCUUUGAAACUUUCUAAAAAAAUAUUCGAUGAAAAAAUUGGAUUAUGGAUGCAAUCAAAAAGUGGAGAAUGUGACAAUAGGUUGUGUCGAAUGAACUCAAAUCAGAAUUUUCAACAUUCAAAAGAGACGAAAACAAUUCCCUUAUUGAAUCAUGUGGUGAGAUCGAAUCAAGUCUUUGUUCCAGUUGCAACAAUUUUUUACAACACUGAAGAAGGAAAUCACAAGAAUUCUCACACAUUCACUCGUCCCUAUUACAUUUUUAAUCCACAAGAAGUGAUGGAUUGUUUUCAUGGAAAAAAAGUUGCCUUUUUUGGAGAUUCUUCAUUGGAAGAACAAUUUUCACACAUUCUCGAAUGGAUGUACGAAGUAGAUCCCUCUGUGAAAUACAAAUUAUCAUUUCCCAAAGAAUUUAAUGGUGUGAAAUUACAAAAGACUAAAUUUAGAUAUUCCACAUUGAAACAUGAAAAUUUUGAAAUUCGAAACAGAGGACUCGCUCAUGCCUAUGUGGAUUAUAAUUGGGGAGGAAUUCAAAGUAUAAUGGAACUUGAAGCAGCACGGAGAGAAGUUGAAGAAAUUGCCUUAACGUCCAAUAUCGUGAUCAUGACUUUUACUUUUCAUGAAAUGGCUGGACAUUACGGAAGAGGUGGUUUUCGAAAUUUUGACACGGCUUGGAUUCAACAAGAAUUAUUUCCACAAAUUGCAAAAUUUUUCGAAUGGGUUUCUGAGUGGAAACGACGACAUGCUUCUUCUUCUCCUCUGAGGAUUUUGUGGAGAGAGGUCAUUCCUUCACACGAUCCAAGAGUGGGUCCUGAAUUGAUCUUUGCAUUGACGAAUACUGAGAUUCGACGACAGAUUGCGCUCCGUCAAGACUUUAUCGAUUAUGUGCCGUUGGAACAGACGACUUUUGGAAAUUCUUUCAGAGGUCUCUUCUCAGAUGGAUUGCAUUAUACGGAGCAAGAUAAGAUGAUUUCCAAGAUGAAUACUCAAAUUUUGUUAAAUCACAUGUGUCAAAGAAAAUAA